GACGGCAUUUCUCUUACACUAAUCACAAGAAGUCCUGUCACAAUACACACUUUCAACAGUACUUCUACGCAGGAAUGAGUUUCUUACUAAUUUGCGCUGUUUUGGCAUCUUGUAUACCUCUGUCGUUUUCGUUUAUGCUGGAUGGACAACCAGAAAACAUACAGGAAAUAGCAAACGAGCUUGGUAAACUUCAGUCCGAGGUGGCGGCACUAAAAGAAAUGAUUCAAGAAUUACAGGAAACAUGUCCUUCAUGUGCCGUUUCAACGAAACAGUCAUCUCCAGCAUUUAUGGCAUCGUUGAGCAUGUUCGUGACAUGUAAUGUUGACGCUCCGCUCGUAUUCGAUCGAGAACAGCUCGACACGCGCCAGGCAUACGAUACUCGACAUGGACUGUUUCGCGCACCAGUGAACGGAACAUACAUGUUUACUGCAACACUUGCUGCUCAACCAAAUCAAGGUUUUCACGUUAAAUUUGUAAGAAAUUCACUGUCGGACGAAAUUGGUUACAUAUUUUCGGACAACGGGCACUCCGGAUGGAACGAGCGGUCGACAACCAUUGUUGUUAAGCUUGAUGCUGGUGAUGACGUUUGGUUAGCAUGCUCAAUGCCAAGCAACAUCACGGGCGGAAAUUCUGGAAUGGAACAUGAUUAUCAUUCACACUUUUCUGGGUUCUUGAUUGACGCGUUCUAACAACGGGGUAGCAUUGUAAGCAGAUCUUUCAACACAACAUGUCUAUCUACCGAGUGGCUGAUUGUUGUUGUAUUUUCUUUAAAUCUAAAUUGUUCGGGAUCCCGUUUGAUUGUAUAAAUGGCUAAUUUUUAUUAUACCAACAUCCAGUCUGCAAAAGCGGCUAUUCGUAAAUGAUCCACACAUGUGUUAUAAUAAAUGCAAUUGUAAUAA